AUGAAACUCUUUGCUGAGCUGGAAAUUAAAAGGAAGGAGAGAGAAGCCAAAGAGAUGCAUGAAAGGAAGCGACAAAGGGAAGAAGAAAUUGAAGCUCAAGAAAAAGCCAAGCGUGAAAGGGAGUGGCAGAAAAACUUCGAGGAAAGUCGAGAUGGUCGUGUGGACAGCUGGCGGAACUUCCAAGCAAAUACAAAGGGGAAGAAAGAGGAGAAAGAUCGGACCUUCCUGAGACCACCAAGAGUAAAAAUGGAGCAGCGAGAGUGA